AUGGAAGCUGAUCGCGAUCGCGAAGAGUCGCCGGAGCCGCCUAGUUCUACGGAAAGUAAUGGCGCCUACAAUUUUCCGCCCACUCAUGAUCUCCAGGAUGCCUUUCACUUCACACCGAACACUUCACCUCAAUUGGUUAUGAGCGCAAGUAGCGCAAAGGCUUUCACAAUUGUGCCUCUAACAGUGCACUCAAAAACUUUACCACCAAUCGUCAAUGCUGAGCAAGGCACAAGUAGAGGUGGGUUAUACAUCGCUCUGCUCCUUUCCCCAAUAACGAAAAUUUGGAAAUUUGUUAAAGUGCCCGCAAAUCUUCUAUCGCUUUUUAUUUUAUUCCUAUAAAA